GGCGCGCUCAGGAUGCGCUCCAUUCCCACACCGGAUCCGCUCCGGGUUUUGCCGCUCCGCUCCUCGCAGCGUGCACACCUUCCCCGACUCUCAACAGUCCCGGCGUUGCUGUGCAGGCAGAUGUUCCUCCUCCGAUGCGAAUUCUUCUUACAAUUGCUGCGUUUUUGGAAGAAGCUAUUUCUUUCGCGCGGGGAGAAAAGUGAAACCGGGUAAACUGGAAAACCGCUCCUCGGCUCGGUGUGAGACGGAGAGUUGUGGACGCACGGCGGGCGUCGGAGAGCGAUACGGCACGGUGAGAAAAUACUAAAUUGCGGCGGAGAGCGAGGCGAGCACUUUUAUUUACCACACCUGUGAUGUGUUGUUGUGAGCAACGGAGACGCACGACCGGGAUACUGAUGGCCACGGCACGGCAGGAGGAUAUGUGCUGAGGAAAGGACGUUAGUGAACGAGGCGGUUAAAGAGCUACAGAGGACACUCUCCGGACCUUUUUUGUUGUUGUUUUUUUAAGUCCAGUUGUGCCGGCGUUUUCGGCUCUGCUGCCUGUCUUUUAAAACUUGGGUGAAUUUUUUUUUGUUCCCUUAAAGAAGAAAGAGAAAGCAGGAAGAUGCCCUCACUUCUGGGCCCCUUUGUCCGCUGCGGGCUCGUGCUCCUCUUCGCUGGCUUCACCUGCACUGGGUCGGAGCACGCCACAGCAACACUUCCCGCCGCCUUUUCUGACCUGUUGCCUCACUUCCUGGUGGAGCCGGAGGACGAGUUCAUCGUGAAGAACAAGCCGGUGACGCUGACCUGCCGCUCCAGCCCGGCCACGCAGAUCUACUUCAAGUGCAACGGCGAGUGGGUCCACCAGGACGACCACUUGAUCGAGCGGACCGUUGACCCAGCUACAGCGCUGCCAAUCAUGCAGGUGACUAUUGACAUUACCAGACAGCAGGUGGAGAAGAUCUUCGGUCUGGAUGAGUACUGGUGUCAGUGCGUCGCCUGGAGCACCACCGGAACCCAGAAGAGCCAAAAAGCGUACAUCAGGAUCGCUUACCUGAGAAAAAACUUUGAGGAGGAGCCACAGGGUAAAGAGGUAGCAUUGGACCAGGAGGUGUUACUGCGCUGCCAUCCCCCCGAGGGAGUGCCACAAGCUGAGGUGGAGUGGCAGAGAAACGAGGAUGUGAUCACCCCGGCGAGUGACCCCAAUGUUUUCAUCACGACUGACUACAAUCUUGUCAUCAAAAAAGCCCGGCUGGCAGACACGGGCAACUACACGUGUGUGGCCAAAAACAUUGUUGCGCGCCGCAAAAGCACCUCCGCCACGGUCCUGGUCUAUGUCAACGGCGGCUGGUCCACGUGGACCACCUGGUCGUCCUGCAGUGCCGUGUGUGGCCGUGGCUGGCAGAAGAGGAGUCGGAGCUGCACCAACCCCACGCCACUGAAUGGAGGCACAUCCUGUGAGGGGCAGAACGUCCAGAAAAGUGCCUGCGUGGCCACCUGUCCAGUGGACGGAGGCUGGAGCGAGUGGAGCAAGUGGUCCGCGUGUGGUGCGGACUGUUCGAUGUGGAGGAGCAGAGAGUGCACCCAGCCCUCCCCCGGCACCGGGGGCAAAGACUGCCAGGGGCUCGACCUCCAGUCGCUCAACUGUACCAGUGAGCAGUGCCCGCAGACCGUGAGCGGAGCCGAGGACGUGGCGCUCUACGUGGGCAUGGUGGCGGUGGCUCUGUGUCUGACCCUGCUACUCAUCGUGGUGGUCCUGGUCUACCGGCGCAAGAAGGAGGACUUGGAUGCCGACGUGGCAGACUCCUCCAUCCUCACCACUGGCUUCCAGCCCAUGGGCAUCAAGCCCAGUAAGCCAGGUGUGUGGGCACCGCGGCCACGCAGGCCUCCCCCCCACAGCAAGAAUUCCCAUUUGCUCACCAUCCAGCCUGAUCUAACCACCACCACCACCAGUUACCAGGGCACCCUGCGCUCUCGCCACGACACCACUGGGAAGUUUUCGAUGACCAACGGGCCUCUGCUGGACCCGCUUCCCAAUGGCUCACACACUCUGCACAACGGCAAACUUAACUCCGACCCGGCUGAGUUUGUGAGCAGGCUGUCCACUCAGAGCUACUUUAAAACGCUGCCCCGGGAUGUGGCGAACAGCUCCUACGGGACCUUCAACUUCCUGGGAGGCAGGCUGACGAUCCCCAGCACAGGAAUCAGCCUGCUCAUUCCUCCCGAGGCCAUCCCCAGAGGAAAGAUCUAUGAGAUUUAUCUCACUGUUCAGAGGAAGGAAGAUUUAAGGUUACCCCUGGCCGGCUGCCAGACCCUGCUCAGCCCCGUUGUGAGUUGCGGCCCUCCCGGGGUGGUCCUGAGCCGGCCAGUUAUUCUCAGCAUGGACCACUGCUCCGACGCGUGCCUCGAUAACUGGGCCAUCCGCCUCAAGAAGCAGAACUACGAGGGCACUUGGGAGGACGUCCUGCUGAUGGGCGAGGAGCUGGUGUCGGAGCCCUAUUAUUGCCAGCUCGAGGCCGAGACGUGCCGGCUUUUCUCGGAGCAGCUGGGCACCCUCGCCCUGGUGGGAGAGUCCCUGCACAUGGGUGCCGCCAAGCGCCUCAGACUGGUGCUCUUCUCCGACGCGUACUGCUCCACGCUGGAGUACAACAUCAGGGUCUACUGCAUGGAUGACACACAAGACGUUUUCAAGGAGGUGAUGCAGAUGGAGCGGCAGCUCGGGGGUCGGCUGAUUGACGAGCCUCACGUCCUGCUUUUUAAAGACAGCUACCACAACCUGCGCCUGUCCAUCCACGACAUGCCCCAGGCACACUGGAGGAGCAAGCUGCUAGCUGGCUACCAGGAGAUCCCCUUCUACCACAUCUGGAACGGUUCCCAGCGGUACCUGCACUGCACGUUCACUCUGGAGCGGCUCAGCCUCAGCACCUGCGAGCUCACCUGCCAGCUGUGCGUGUGGCAGGUGGAAGGAGAGGGACAGAGCUUUAGCCUCGACUUUAACAUCGCCAAGGACACCCGAGCCGUGGACUCUGAGUUUCUGUUGAUGGACAGUACCGCUGCCGCUCUGGCAGGGCCCAGCGCCUUUCAGAUCCCGUACCUCAUCAGGCAGAAGAUAUGCAGCAGCCUGGACGCCCCCUGUCCCAACGGAGCCGACUGGAGAAUGCUAGCGCAAAGACUCAAACUAGAGAGACACAUGAGUUUCUUUGCAUCCAAAGCGAGCCCGACCUCUGUGAUCCUGGACCUGUGGGAGGCACAGCAUUUCCACAGCGGCAACAUCAACCAGCUGGCCACGGUCAUGGCUGACAUUGGCAAACAAGAAGCCAUGAUAUUCCUGGUCUCCGACGGCGAGUGCUAGCCCAGAUCGGGGGAGAGUACAGAACACGCGGAGAGACGACACGUCCGCAGCAGCAGGAAUCCAAGAGCAGAGCUGCUCCCUCUUGAGAAGAUGUAAGGGUUUAUGUAGGAUUGAACGCCCGUGUCCCAGCAAACCGAGGGAAACUCCUUAGGUGACAGACCAAAUGAGAGGUUGGGUGUGUGGGGAAAUGUAUUCAUGAAACUGCUCUUUAUUCUCCAUCGAAGUUUGAAGUUAAAUCAGUCCACGCCGUCGGUGUAUCUCCAUACACAACAUUAAAUUAACGUUUGUAUAAGAAGCAACAUCCAAACUCAAUGCUAUCACUGAAGGCCACUAUCAGUGAAAUCUCAAUGAAUAAUUCUUGAACUUCAAUAUUUAUAUAAGUGGAUGCGAUCACUUCAGGUUAAAGAGAACAGGCGACGGUUGCGGUUGGAAGGUUCGUUGUGACGUUCUCUGAGACACUGAACACGUUCUCCUCAAGGUCAUCAGGGUCUGUGAACGCACCGUCCCUGACCCUGUAGGACCGUAUAGGUUCCCCUAACACACACACACACACACACACACACACACACAGACAGCUUGUAGCGCAUCCUGGACUCGCAGGUUUCAAGUAGAUUGUAUGUCAGAGCCCCAAGUCUCCUCGGGUUUGUUUUCCAGUCCAGCCGGUAUCACUACUGUGAAUGUAGCAUCUUGACAUCUUGAUUCUGCGAGACGCUUCACAGCUCCCCCGCUUCUAAAUCAAUAUAUGUGGGAUUUGGGUUCUUUGAACUUUUUUUUGAGGGAAGAGUGAGUAAUACAUUGGCUGGUCAUAUCUCUGAAGCCGUUUCUAUUUAAAUCCUUUUAUUUCUGAUUUGUCCAGUUUAUUUCUAGUCUUCUUUUAACCUAAUUAAUCAUAGUGGUGGGUUUUUCUCUUUGAAACCACCUCCACUAUCAUUCCUGCUGCAUUCAUGAGGACGCUGAAUGUCGUCCAAAUGUAUUCCUCAUAAGGACAUUUCCAACCCUGGUUACGGUAUUUCUGUGGCAGAGGUUGUUGAGCAUAGCGGGGCCAAAUGAUUAUCCUACAUGAAUAAUGCAGCUCCUUUUCCCCCGUAGAAGAUCUGACAACAAAUUCUUCAAAUCUUCACCAGAUUACUAUGAAAGGGUAGUUGUGGGGCUUUUGUUUUUUUGUAUCAUUCAUAGAGCUAUGUUGGUGGGAAUUCUACAUUUGCUGUGUGGCAAACGCUAUUUCCACAUCAAAGAAAGGCCUUUCUCUCCGAGGAAGUGGAGAGUCCCUCAUGGAUGAUUUCACGCCUCCGCUCACAAACGAUGCUUUGAAAGGGUUUUAUCUUCCUUCAUCAUUUCUAGCCAGGAUGGCAAAAUCUAUCCAGCAGAUUUAUGCAACAAACCAUAAACUGCAACUAAUCAUUUGAUUAUUAUAUUUAGCUCAUUCACAUUAAAGGGAAGCAAUGCAACCCUUGAUAUGGAUGUCCUAUAAGUGCUGAUGGUAAAUGUAGUCCUCUGAAGAGAAUCCCCCCCCAGCUGUGCUAUGUUGACCGGCUGUGCCUACAUGUAACAGGAUUAAUUACACGAGUGCAACUAGUUCUCUAGACAAAAUACCAAAAUGUCAACGGAGGACAUUUUCUUACCACAUAGAACAAAAAUACAGCCGUACCCCUUGAGUCCAUAAGUCAGUUAGUGUAGCCACUCUUCAAACUAUCAGUGUGUCUGGUGUGUUUUGGUAGAUAUAAAUCCAUGAUAACAAAUAUGACAACAGGCUCGUCGGUGGCACCAGGACAUCACGGCCCCGCAGCUACAAAAGCUGGAUUGGCACAGUUUUUCCCCGUCGCAGCCACCUCACCGUACGGAGGGAGAACGGAUUUUGCGGCUGCUGCCCAGAGACAAAGUGGACCUUAGCCACAACGGUCACGCUGCCGCCAACUCCGAUUGAUAGACGAGUUUGAGCAUCGGCACGUUUUCCCGUUAAUUUACGGUUAUCUUUGUGUUGUUUUUUUAUAAAUGGCUUGUUCAGGUCUGGUAACAACAAUAAAUACACAGAUUAUCAUUUCAAGUCCACAGUUUCAGUAAUUGUACCUUGAGAAGGUGUGAGCAAUCCCAAAUUAGCCAUAGUUCUCUCUGCGUCUGCCUCAGGGUUGCAUGUGAAGAUGUCCGUUAAAGUUGUAAAGAGAGCCCUCCCCAUGAAAUCCCUCCUUAUAGAAACAGCGCGCACCGCCCGUCCCACCAGCUCCUGUGGCUUCAACCUUUAACACUAUCUGGAGCCUCUUUCAUGAUUGUCAGAUAUUUGGAAUGUACAUUUGUGUUUCCUUGUAGGGGGAGAAGAGGAUGUUUAGAAGAGUUCCUUGUGUUUGUUUGGCGUUUCAGCAUCCGUUGGUUCCCUUUCGUCCUAUUCAAUGCGCCGCCUUUUGAUCGAAACAUUUUUACAGGUCCCUGUGAUUUGAUGCGGAGACGCCAUUAAAUACCUUUUUUUAUUAACUUAAAAAAAACAAAAACUGGGAUUAAGCCCCUUUAGGACAAAAUGGCGAUUCCACCUUAAAUCAAUCUUUUCAUGUUGAAAUGGAUCAUCGUCACGUGUAAAUACUUUUUCUAUCCCAGCCUUGUGCUGUCACUUUGCAUACUGUACAUGAGCAGAAUUGUUAACCAAAGUUUUCUGAAUAUAAUUUUAGGCCACUUCAUACUCAUAUUGUAUCCAUUGACUAUUGUUUUCCUUGCGGGUAGUAUAGAAUAAGUCGGAGUUGAGUCUCUUCGAAACUGAGGACUUGGAAGUCCAAAUCAUUUCAUCAGAUUUCCUCGCUUUUGUCUUUGAUGCAAGUUAACGCUGUUCGUUCAAGCAGUAAAUAUGUGUCCGUUUAUCACUUUGUAAAGAAAUGUAAAUUAUAUUUUAAUAUGAAGCCAAAAAAAAAAAAAGACACUUAACUGGCGCAGCAUUUGUCAAGUUUAAACCGUGACGUGUUUGCCUAUAUACUGUUCUUUGGCGAUCUAGCAGUGAAGACUUUUUGCAGUGUUAAGGGUUUAGAGACUGUUUUACAGGAAGUUUCUAUACAUAUUGUUUGUCCUUACUCUGCAUACGUCUACCUGAUUAUAAGUGUAAGCAGCAUUUAAAUACAAGGUGGAAAUAGUCACUAACGCUUAAGGAAUCACUACCCUAGGGAGCUAAUUGGGGGAAAGGCGGACCCGAACAGCACGUUUAGAUGAGCCAUGGCAGUUGUACAGUCAGACUGUGUGUGUGUGUGUGUGUGUGUGUGUGUGUGAAACUUGAUCAGCCCCUUCAUCCUCUUGGAUGUGUGUUGUCGAAGCAGCUUUCAGUGAUGUAAUUCACCAGCCGCCGUGAUGUUCAGCAUCUAUCUUCACAUCUAACCAGUCCGACAAAAUCAGUGUCUUUGAUGAAUACGGUUCCCUCGUGAUGAAGCCUGGGACUGAUCGUUGUGUCAGUAACACACACGCUUUGGUCAAGGGUUUAAUGCAGAAGUUAAGGGGGAAAUGGAUUCAUCUCACAACUGUACUUUUUGUGUCACUCAUUACUGUUCAGUGUGGUGUGUGUGUGUGUGUGUCACUGAGUGAGCGCAUACCUCCCUCUCACAAGAACAAAUAGACUUCUGUACUUGUGAAUGGUUUUCGUAUUUAGUUCCUUGAUUCAAUGUUCCUUGCCUUUCUGCAAGUCAAAAAUGCUGUAUUUAUUACAUGCCACAGCGCUUAUGCAAUUGUAUAAUCCUUUUAUUGUUUUACUGUUUUUUUUAACCUUUUGUGUUCCUUAUCGUCAAUGUAAACUGUUGUCAACUUUUGUGGCAAAGGAAAUCUUCUGCUGAAGGAGAUUUCUGUACUUUUUGGACAAUGAUAUGGAUUUGUGGGUAGAAUUUUGGAAAUUCGUUUCUAAGUGCUUUCAAGUAUUUACUUGGCCUUAUGUACAUAUAUAUAUCUAUGACAUUUCAGAAAAGUAUGUAUAGUAAUUCAACCUGAAAUUGUUGUAAAUAAAUUAUAUAUUGUUAAUUCAA